GAGUCGGCGGCCUGUCAAACCGAUUUUGCAUUUCCUAAGGAAUAUUGAUCUAAAGAUUUUCGCCCUUUGGAGAAACAGGGCAGGGAAAGCACAUUGGCCUUAAUAAUUCUAUUCUUCCUAGUCCAUAACAGGUUUGCAUACUUCUCAUGUGAUUCGAGUGUGACUGGCUAUCAUAAAAAAAAACAAGAAGAAAAACAAGUUCUCAGGACCUCAACUGAUCUCAUUCUCAAGUGAAUUUGAGUUGUCAUGAAGCUCGCGCCAGUUGCUUUGUGUUUGUACUUGCAGUGCUAACGUGUUAGAGGAAUAUCGGAACGAAUUAGAGAAAAGCUAGGUAGCUCUCAGCAAAAAUGGAAAACGAAGCCGAAAAAAAAUUUUUCCGUCUAAAACAUAUAAUUCCAAGAAAUUUGUCAGCGGCUUCCGUGAGUGCUAGUGCCAUUCAACCGAUGAACAAGCAACCUGCUUUGGUUAAUGCCCCAGAGGAAUUUAUCUUCAAAAUGACUUACGGGAACGUAGCAGCCAAAAUAUGGGGCCCUCCUGACGGACACCCGGUUUUUGCACUUCAUGGCUGGUUGGAUAACGCCAGUAGCUUUGAUGCACUGAUUCCUUUAUUACCGCAAAAUCUACGAAUAGUUGCCGUCGAUACCGCUGGUCAUGGAUUCAGCGACCCUUUCCCACCUGACAUAGCCUAUAAUUUUAUUGACAGUAUACUAGCCAUCGAACGGCUCGCCAGGCAUUUCAAAUGGGAGAAAUUUUCGAUAAUAGGACACAGUUUAGGCGGUGCGAUGGGCAUGCUUUACGCGGGAACCUUUCCAGAUAAAGUAGACAAGCUUGUAUGUCUCGAUGUAGUCCGCGUCAUCCCCACGAAAACCGAAACGAUUGAUCUCAGGUUGAGUAAAGCAGUUAAUAAAUUACUCAAGUUGGAAAAUGCCAUAUUGGCAGGCCCCGAAAAACCCAUGAGCUACGAAAUGGCUGUCGAGAAAUGCGUUACGGGCACAUUUGGAUCGCUUGAUAAGAAAGCCUGUGAUAUUCUCUUUCAACGAGGAUUAAGAAAGGUUGCAGAAGACGGAUAUGUCUUUAGUCGAGACAGAAGACUUCUGGCUGCUCCGUUGUCGUUCAUCGCCAAAGAACAUCAACUCUUCUUAGCUCACAAAGUUACGGCGGAUGUUUUGGUCAUCAAGUAUUCUGAGGGACCUUAUUUUGAGGCUCCUGAGGAUUACGAAGAACACAUUGAAGCUCUGAAAACGAAAUCAAAACGUGUUCAAUACGUUCAAGUGGAAGGAAUGCAUCACACCCACCUUACAAACCCCGCGUCCGUCGCUCCUAUUAUUUCCGACUUUUUUAGAGGACUUUAAAUGUUUAUAUUAUUGUAUCAUUAUACAUACCAAAAACCAUUUAUUCUGUUUCAAUACUCUUAAUUCUACACACCUUAGCGAAUGGAAAAUUUUUUCGUUGACUUGGUUCUUACUUCAAAUACAUUUUAUGGGGUCACGU